CGUUUUUGCUUUGAAUGUGUGCGUCGCGCACGUUCUCUCUCUCUCUCCCGUGUCGUGCUUGUCGCGGUUUUCCGUUCAGCCCGGAGCAGUCCGCUUUUCGCAUUUCGACCGUCUGCUCAUUCAUCGCAGUGCUCGUGUGUGUUUCCGAAGGAAUUUUUCCGCUAUACGAGAGGAGCCGACCUGAGGUGAUAGCAACUGCAGAAGUGAAUUCCUAGCACCGCAUCUCAGCGAAAUCAACACACAGACACAAUGGCCGAGGGUGAUAUGCCAACGUUCAAGUGCGUCCUGGUCGGCGACGGUGGUACCGGAAAGACCACCUUCGUCAAGCGGCACAUGACCGGUGAGUUCGAGAAGAAGUACGUGGCGACGCUCGGAGUGGAAGUGCAUCCGCUGGUGUUCCACACGAACCGCGGUGCGAUCCGGUUCAACGUCUGGGACACGGCCGGCCAGGAAAAGUUCGGCGGACUGCGAGACGGGUACUACAUUCAGGGUCAGUGCGCCAUCAUCAUGUUCGAUGUCACGUCCCGAGUCACCUACAAGAACGUCCCCAACUGGCACAGGGAUUUGGUGCGGGUGUGCGAAAAUAUCCCGAUCGUGCUGUGCGGCAACAAAGUCGACAUCAAGGACCGCAAAGUGAAAGCCAAGGCCAUCGUAUUCCACCGGAAGAAGAACCUCCAGUACUACGACAUCUCGGCCAAGUCCAACUACAACUUCGAGAAGCCGUUCCUGUGGUUGGCCCGUAAGCUGGUCGGUGACCCGAAUCUGGAAUUCGUCGCCAUGCCCGCCCUGCUCCCGCCAGAGGUCAAGAUGGACAAGGACUGGCAGCAGCAGAUCGAGAAGGAUUUGCAGGAAGCGCAAGCCACCGCACUGCCCGACGAGGACGAGGAUCUGUAAGAAAUGGCGGCGGAUCUCUUCCGGCCAACUCAUCCGCGGGUGUGUGUGUUUCGUGUGCGAAAGUAUGUCGUUAAAUGUAGUAGCACCUCUUUAACAUUUAAGAAAACUAAGAAAAAACAGCCGAUUAGUAAGGUAAUAAAGAUACGUGGAGUAAUAUUAAUGAUUAUUGGAAAUGAUGAGAUGAGAGCAGUUGAGCUGAACAAUUUGUGGGAAUUUUAAGUUACUACUUAAUUAGGAACUGGAGCGAUUGAUCGUGUGCGUCUUGCUAAUUUCAUUGAGUCACAAGAAAGGCAGUGUUUCCAUGCAGUACGGAACAAUUUGGCGGACUAGCCCUGCAGACAGGAGGCCAUGACCGCCUACUGUGCGACAAAAGAAACUUAUAGGCUUAAGUAAGUUCACAUUCACACACCUACCCAUCCAAGCAAGCGGGGUUUCCCCCUCCCGUUAUGUUACUUGUACCUUUUUUUGAGUUUUUGUAUAUUUUUUUACAAAGAGCAGCUACUAACUGCCCUCGAGUUCUUUGUUCUGCUUCAAUUGCACAUUCGCAGCAAUUUAUCACUUAUUUUUGUUUCCUGAGCAGGCCAUUUAUUAGGGUGAAAUAGAAGCUAAUGAUUUUUGUACUAAAUUGCAAGUAAGAUGUUUUUUUUUGCAACAAACAAACUGAUGUGAAGCACAUGGCAAUGUGAAAACAAACCUAAUUAAUUAAUGUAAAUUAAUUUAAUCAAAUAUAUUCUCAUCGAAAAAUUGUAAAACACUUUCAAGUGCUUGUUUUUUUAUUUCGGCAGGAAGAAAUUACGAUUCCGAGUUUGCUACCCUUUGCACGAAGCUGUAUAUUUUCGUUGAAAAUCCAAACUUGUACACGUUUACAUGCUCUAGUUAUUUCCCGGAGUGUUUCUUGUCCUUUACCGUAAGAACGUACGGAAUCCUAAAACAAAUCGGGCGCAGUGAGCUAAUUUUUUAAGCUAACUCUACACCGCAGCAAGUCCCCCUCUCUGAUUUAGGCGAAACGAUAUGGUAAUCGAGUGUACACACGGUAUGAAUGAGUUUGAAUAAAAAUCAAUUUCUUUUAAACACA